GCCGUCUCCAUAGAAAACUGUAAACAAACGUUUUGGACUUGUGUCUUCUAGACUGCAUUUAAAUCCUUAAAGUGCGGAAUGGCUCGUAACGCAGAAAAAGCUAUGACAACUCUUGCUCGUUUUCGAGCAGCACAGUUAGCAGAACAAGGUAAAGGCCAGCAAGAACGCCGACCAUUUUUGGCAUGUGAUUGUGAUGAUCUUAAAUCAGCAGAAAAAUGGCGCAAACAAAUUAUUGGAGAAAUAUCAAAGAAAGUUGCUCAAAUUCAAAAUGCUGGUCUUGGAGAGUUCCGAAUACGAGAGAUUAAUGAUGAAAUUAACAAGUUGCUGCGUGAAAAAGGACAUUGGGAAACAAGAAUAGUUGAAUUAGGUGGUCCAAAUUAUGCGAAACUGGGUCCUAAAGUGUUGGAUCAUGAAGGUAAAGAAGUUCCUGGAAAUAAAGGUUACAAAUAUUUUGGAUCAUCAAAAGAUUUACCUGGUGUUAGAGAGCUGUUUGAACAAGAGCCUCCCGCUCCUCAGAGGAGAACACGAGCAGAAAUGAUGAAACACAUUGAUGCCGACUAUUAUGGUUACAGAGACGAUGACGAUGGCAUCCUGAUACCUCUGGAGAAAGCUCGAAGUGAAGAGUUGGAGAAAGAGGCAAAAGAGAAAUGGCUACAAAACAAGGGAAGUGACAUCAAUGCAGAGGUUGAGGACAGUGAUAUAUACACAGUUCCUGAUGAGGAAAUGAGUGACGAAGAAAAUGCUAUGGAGGAAGACAUAGCUGAUGGCACUGGUCAACCAAGAUUUAUUGCUCACGUGCCCGUUCCUACUCAACAAGAGGUUGAAGAAGCAUUACUUAGGAAAAAGAAAGCUGAGUUGCUGCAGUUAUAUGCUGCAACAGACCUUCUUCAAGAAGCUGAGGAAACAAAAUCGCUGAUUGGGAAAUGAUCCAUACUGCCUAUCAUGUAUAUACUCAAACUCAUCCAUUGAACUUUUUGUGGAACAGAAAUAAGAACUCAAACUGUACAUAUAC